AGACUGGAUCCCAUGGGAUCCAGAUGCUGGAUCCGUGCUCUUGUGCUGCUGCGCUAGAUAGCAACUUGAUUUAGGUUUAGUGGUGCACUAGGAGAUGCUACACUUGUUCCUCUGUUUAGACAGAUUUUUGGAGGUUGGGUUGAAAAUUGGCAGGAUCUAGUUGACAGAUGUUUCUCCAGUGCUAUUGUCUCUCUGUGCCUCAAUUCCCCCUCAGUAAAAUGGGGACAAUAGUACUUGUCUACCUCACAAGGUUGUGGCCAAAAAGCUGCAGGAUCAAUCAGGAUUCAGCUAGAUCCAGACUUACAUUAAAAUACAAAACAAACUAAUUGAAACACACCUGAAUCAAAAUCCAUUUUCAUAAAGAAGGGAGAUGCUUUGAAAAUCUCAAUAAAACUAGCAGAAUGAGUGAGUCUCCCUUCUCUAGGCGUGUAAGACUUAGCAAGUCUGAGUACCUAAUGAGCCCACACAGAGAGGGAGACUGUGACAGAUGGUGAUGUAAUUUUUUCGUUAGUGGCUAUGCCAAACCUUGGCCCUGCUACUGAAUUUCACAGGCUGGCAGCCUCGAUGGUUUCUUCUCUGUGGUGGUAUCUUGUCAUAUUACGACUCUCGGGAAGAUGCCUGGAAGGGUUGUAAGGGAAGCAUCCAAAUGGCCGUGUGUGAAAUUCAAGUUCACCAGGCAGAUAGUACUCGGAUGGAUCUGAUUAUACCUGGAGAACAGUACUUCUACCUGAAAGCCAGAAGCACAGCUGAGAGGCAAAAGUGGCUGGUUGCACUUGGAACUGCCAAGGCCUGCCUGACAGACAGUAGGGCGCAGAGAGAAAAAGAGCUCACUGAAAACACUGAAGCCUUGAAAACCAAAAUGUCAGAGCUUAGACUGUACUGUGACCUCCUUGUUCAGCAAGUGGAUAAAACUAAGGAAGCUAGCAUUUGUGGUGUAUCAGAAUCAGAGAAUGGAAUUGAUAUGGGAGCUCUCUUGAAAUCAACAUGUAACACCUUCCUGAAGACUCUUGAAGAAUGUAUGCAGAUUGCAAAUGUGACCUUCUCUUCUGAGUUAAUACAUCACACCCCAUCGGGAUCUCCACACUUGGCUGUUCUCAAAUCAAACAAGGUAACCCCUCCCGUCUCCUCCAGUAGCACUACAACAGAAAGGCAGAUGGAAUUGAACAGUUGUGAAAAUGGCUCCGUAAAGGCAGAAAUUAAUCAUUGUGACCAAACCCUGAUUAACACUCUGAUACCCUCACAUCUGAAAUCUAACGAGGGAGACUGCGACGUUUCAGCUGAAAACCAUGUUGAAAAGAAGUUGACAGGUGAUGAAGUUAAAGACGAUGGAGAAAGCAAGAUGAUGCCCAUAGAGGGCAACUGUGCCAACGAAUCGCUGCAGUUGGCAAUGGAUUCCAUAAGUGGACCAGCUCCAUCACACUGGGGAGAAGGAAAAGAAGAGGAUUUACCUACCUUCUUCAGUGUCAUGAACAAUAGGUUUAGUGACAUUGAACUCCAGGAGUGUGACGGCAUACCCACAGAGGAAUUUCUGCAAUCGUGUUACGCGAUAGUGCCAGUCUUGGACAAACUUGGACCAACAGUCUUUGCUCCUGUUAAAAUGGAUUUUGUAGGUAAUAUCAAGAAAAUAAAUCAGAAAUAUAUAACCAGCAGAGAAGAGUUCAACACUCUCCAGAAGAUAGUGCUGCAUGAAGUGAGUGCUGAGGUAGCACACGUUAGAAACUCUGCAACAGAGGCCCUUUUGUGGCUAAAAAGAGGCUUAAAGUUUUUAAAGGGAUUUUUGACAGAAGUUAAGAAUGGAGAAAAGAAUAUUCAAACUGCUCUGAACAAUGCUUAUGGCAAGACAUUACGGCAGCAUCAUGGCUGGGUUGUGCGAGGGGUUUUUGCGUUGGCUUUAAGGGCAGCACCAACAUAUGAAGACUUUGUGGCAGCACUGUCUGUGAAGAAGUGUGAUGAUCAGGAAGAAGCUUUUUAUAAUGCAAUGCAGAGAGACCUCAACAUUUACUUGCCAGCCAUGGAAAACCAGCUGAAUAUCUUGGACACUCUCUAUGAAGUACAUGGUUUGGAGUCAGAUGAGGUGGUAUAAUCACAGUGACACAGUACCUCAAAACUUCAGGCACUGCAUUUGUUAAUGAGCUUUUCUGAAUGCCAUUUCUCUUCAUUGUAUCUUUCCUUAGCAUGGGAGGUGGAGGAA